GAAGGGAGGAGGAGAUCAGCGUAGGCGCGUGCGGGUUGCUGGUAGGCUAAAGUCGUCAGCAUGGCGGAACCCGCAGACGGGGCAGGUUUGGAGGCGGCCUCGGAGGGGCUCUUGCUGAUGGCAGCCGGCGAUGAGGAGGGGGCCGCGGAGGAGAUCGUGGAGGUGGUGGACCUUGAGGCGCCUGGACCCGAUGAUCUGGCUGAUGAAAUGGAAGAUGUGGAUUUAGAUGAAGAGGAGGCUGCUUGGGAGGACGUUGAGGCAGAGGAAGGCAUGGAGGCCCAAGAUGACAGUGAGGUCACGUUCUCCAAACACACGGCAUCUGUUUUCUGCGUCAGUCUUGACCCCAAGACCAACACGCUGGCAGUGACAGGCGGUGAAGAUGACAAGGCUUUUGUGUGGCGCCUCAGUGAUGGUGAGCUCCUCUUUGAAUGCUCAGGACACAAAGAUUCCGUCACUUGUGCUGGUUUCAGCCAUGAUUCCACAUUCGUGGCCACGGGUGACAUGAGUGGACUGAUAAAAGUUUGGCGGGUGGAUGCCAAAGAGGAGAUCUGGUCUUUCGAAGCGGGUGACUUGGAGUGGAUGGAGUGGCACCCUCAGUCCCAUGUCCUUCUGGCUGGCACUGCUGACGGCAACUCCUGGAUGUGGAAGAUCCCUAGUGGAGAGUGCAAGACCUUCCAAGGCCCGUCCUGUCCAGCUACAUGUGGUCAUGUCCUUCCUGAUGGGAGGAGAGCUGUGGUCGGUUACGAAGAUGGGACCGUGCGCAUCUGGGAUCUGAAGCAGGGCAGCUCGCUGCACGUCCUCAAAGGUCAGGACGGGCACCAGGGCCCGCUGACGUGCGUGGCCAGCAAUAAGGAUGGCAGCCUAGUCCUGACAGGCUCUGUUGACUGCCAUGCCAAGCUAGUGAGCUCUGCAACUGGCAAGGUUGUGUCUGUUUUCAAGGAAGAGGCCAUUGUCCCCAAGUCUUCUGCUGAGGAGGCUGAAUCCAACUCAGUUGAAUCUCUGGGCUUCUGCAAUGUGAUGCCGCUGGCUGCUGUUGGCUACUUGGACGGGACCUUGGCCAUUUAUGACGUCGCCACGCAGACCCUGAGACACAACUGCCAGCAUGAGUCGGGGAUUGUGCAGCUCCUGUGGGAAGAGAGUUCCCCUGUGGUCUACACCUGCACCCUUGGUGGGGCUGUGUGCCUCUGGGACGCCCGCUCAGGCAAGCUGAUCAGCGAGUACCGGGGCCACUCAGCGGAAAUCCUGGACUUUGCUUUGAACAAAGACGCUUCCAUUGUGGUUACCACUUCUGGCGACCACCAGGCCAAGGUCUUCUGUGUGCAGCGCCCUGACCGCUAACAUGGCUCCUCUCGAGCAGUGAUUGGCACUGUGAAGAAGCAGCCCCGUGUGGAUGCAAGUGGCCACACCAGUGGGACUGUGGUGGGGUGGGCAGGGUGGUUAUCAUCCCGCCUAAGAGGGCAUCUAACGUUUUUGGGAAGGGAAAGCUUUGCCACCCUAUCCCCCGACUGUCCGAGGGCUAAUUUUUUGGAGUUUUGGAUGAGAAGCUUUUAAUUAUUCCCCCUGCCUAGUACUCUGAAGAGCUCCAAAGGUGUGCAAACACACUGUGUCUGGUCUGGGGGAUAGAUCAUCUGCAUGACUGUGGUGGGAGAGGUGUGCCAUGCCUUUUUCUGCAUUUUUUCUGGUAUGGCUCCCCCUUGUAUAACUUGCGAAGGAGUGUGCAAAAACCCUGGUAAUCAAAGGCAUUGGCUUCCAUCCACCUCUGCAUAAGCUGGGACAGGUGGAUGGCUUUGCAACCUCUGAAAUGACAAGGAAAUAUGUCCUCCCACCUCCCCCGUUUGAAACCUUUGCCCUUGGUUUGGGUGAGCAAAUUGUGUGGCUUAGCAGGGAGGGAUAGGCUUUAGCCAGAGUUCUGACGCUCACACAUUGUCUUGGAAACAUCAUCUUAUGGUUGGUUGAAUAGAUCAGCCUGGGAAUUGGGCAGUGGAUCUCUCCAGCAACAAAUACACAAUUUGUUCGAACGAUCCCUCUAGCCUCUUCUAUAUCAGAUGACAUCGUGAUGCAAUAAAAAAGAACAAAUGAAAUAAGAAAGGCUAUCGUUUUCACAAGGACUUCGUUUGGGGACCUAUUUGUCCAUGGUCAAACAGUGAGUUGCUUGACUGUUGUCUACUCCCAAACCAGUGGUCAUUAAAUAAAAAUAAAAAUGUGUGCUUAUGUUCCUGAAAAACUGGAAAGAGGGAAUGAAUGAACACAUGGAAGCAUCCCUUGUUCCUCCACCAGCCCGUUCCCUGGUCUCAGCAAAGAGAGCUGAGUUGGGGGUUCUGCUGGGAAGUGCUCAGUGGUUCCUAGGCUUACUCUGUAACCUCUACUGCAUAACAGAUCUGACCCCAGUAUCAGCCAGAUGCAUUCAAAUAGAGCAGAACUGUUCUAGACAUCUUAUUCUUUGAGGUAUCGUACGCUGUGAUGACCUUGGUAGGAAUUGGGGGCUCCCUCUCUCCCAGGGCUAGCGCAGUGUCAGAAGAGGGGGAGGGUGGGGAAGAAGAAUGCUCCAUCGCACGCUGCGUUUUUGCCAGCUAGUCGUUGAAAGUGCUGCCCUGCGCUGAGGGAGGUGGGAACAGAAAAUGUUUGUGAGAGGGGAUGCGGUGUCUCUUAUGAGAAACGAUAGCAGGAGGAAGUUCAUGGGGUGCAGUUUUCGCUGCCUGUGCUAACACUACCUGCCCCACAGCCACUAACAGCUCAAGAGGCUUCUUUGAAGGAAGUCUUUGCCAAUCAUGAGCCUUUGGAAGAUUGUCACUAGCAUGUUCUCCGCUUCCCAGAGUUGCUGCUCAUUUUGUGUGUGCAUUGUCACCAUAAAAGUCUUGUUCUGAGGACCUGCUGGAGGGUCCUAUGUAGAAGGUGAACAUAGAAAGCUAUCUUAUACUGCAGCAGACUGUUGAUUGAUCUAGCUCUGAAUUGUCUCUGUAGCUACUGACUAAAUAAAGUGCGACUGGAGCUGGAAA